UGUGCUUGCAGUUAGUGAGUCAUUAUGCUGCUGCAUCUGUGUAGUGUUAAGAAUUUGUACCAGAAUAGGUUUCUGGGUUUGGCAGCCAUGGCAUCACCUUCCAGAAACUCUCAGACCCGGCGUCGAUGUAAAGAUACUCUCAGGUACAGCUACAACCCUGAGCAGUUCCAUAACAUGGACUUGAGGAAUGGUCUGAGUGAGAUUACCAUCCCGAGGGCGAACAGUGAUACAAACCUGGUGAAUUCAGACAGCCGGUCAACACUGACUGUCAGCAGCUCCCGCUACAAUGUCGGCCAGUCACACGACCUCAUCAUUUGCUGGGAUAUCAAGGAGGAGGUAGAUGCAGGAGACUGGAUUGGAAUGUAUCUUGUAGAUGAGGUACUGUCUGAAAAUUUCCUGGACUACAAAAACCGUGGAGUUAAUGGAUCACACAGAGGACGGAUCAUUUGGAAAAUCGAGCCAGGUUCCUAUUUUGUGGAGUCUGAAACAAAAAUCUGCUUUAAGUAUUACCAUGGAGCGAGUGGAGCACUUCGAGCAACUACCCCAAGCGUCAGUGUAAGAAACCCUGCUGCUCCUGUUUUGAAAACUAUUUCCAGUGAAGAAGCUGCUCAAAGUCAAGGCACCCGGAGGUUGAUCAGUUUUACACUGUCAGAUUUUCAUGCUGUUGGGCUGAAGAAGGGGAUGUUCUUCAAUCCGGAUCCAUAUCUGAAGAUUUCUAUCCAGCCAGGGAAACACAGCAUCUUCCCAGUCUUACCUCACCAUGGGCAGCAGAAACGGUCCGGCAUUGCCUACAACACCAUCAACCCUGUUUGGCAGAGAGAGCAGCACAGCUUUGUUUCUCUCCCUACGGAUGUGCUUGAAAUUGAGGUGAAGGACAAGUUUGCAAAGAGUCGACCCAUUAUUAAGCGUUUUUUAGGAAAGCUUUCAACGCCAGUGCAGAGAUUAUUGGAAAGGCAUGCGAUAGGGGACAGAGUGGUGAGCUAUACCCUGGGCCGACGGCUCCCGACAGACCAUGUCAGUGGACAGCUGCAGUUCCGAUUUGAGAUCACAUCUUCAAUCCAUCAAGAUGAUGAAGAUGUCUCGACUAAUAAUGAAUUGGAAUCCGUUGAAUAUCAGGAAAAUCAGACGGCUGAUGUGACGGAGCAGACCUGCUGUGACCCCCAGAGUCUUCACGCAUCAGAGCCCCCAACAACAGAGAUCGAGCUGAACGGGAGUAACAUGAAUGGCGUUGAUGUGAGGAGCCCGGACAGUGAUGUAAAUACAGUGACUGUGAGUAUCCCAGCUGCAGCCUCACCACCCGCUGAACUGAACCAAACCAUUCCUACUGAGAAUGGAGUCAAUGAGCCCGAAGAGGAGUGUCCUGUAGCAACAGCUUCACUGGAUCUUGAGGAAUCUGCACCCAAUGAAGCUGAGCCAUCCCUUUCUGAUGAAUCACCUCCUCAACCAGAUGUCCCUUUCAAUCUCAGUUCAGAGACUGAAGGAGUACAGGACAACAUUUUUGUUGAAGAAGAUGUGGGAUCUCAUCAAUUGGUUGCUGAUGAUGAAGGUAUUGUUGAGAAUUUUGCUGAACUUGCCUGCGGAGCGGAAGGCAUUGAACCUGGUGCUGAAAGCAGUGGAGAUUCACCUCAGCACGAAAACAACACAUUAAGAUUGAGGACGGCAGUGAAGAGGAAAACAAGGCCGUGCUCACUGCCAGUGUCGGAGCUGGAGUCUGUGAUUGCCUCAGCUUGUGGUUCAGGUGAGCCAGAAACCCCUCGGACCCACUAUAUUACACUGCACCGUCUGCUCCACAGCUUGCCUUCUGCUCAGCUAGAUGAUGACGCACAGGAGGAGCAAGGUAAAGAAUUUCCUCACGAGCCAUUGGAAAAAGAAACAGAAGAAGAGAAUAACACUAGUGAAAGAGACACGGCAGAUCUGCCAUCUGAUGAUGUCUCGAUGGACCCCAGCAGUGGAGGUCGGAGGAUGCUGCCGCGCAGUGCCUCAGUUGAACAUCUUUCUGAGUUAAAUCAGAUAUUACAAAAUGAUCAACAAAGAAAUCAAAGUGAGAGCGACGCAAGUUCCAGGCCACAGGUAAAUAACGAAUGGGAUGUCUGUGAUGCAUCAUGUUACAGAACUUCCUGUUAUAGCACUUCUUGUUAUAGUACGUCUUGCUACAGCACCUCUUGUCAAAGCACUUCCUGUUAUGACAGUACAACCUGCUACUCCUCAAACCACACCAGGUUCUCUUCAAUUGACAGUGCCAGACUGUCUGAAAGUAUAGUCUUCUCUUCACAAGAAGAAGAAGAUGAAAACAGUGCGUUUGAGUCAGCGCCAGACUCAACACACAGCCCUGAACUCAAUGACAGAGAGCAAGCGGACAGCACCAUCCAGUGGCCAGAAGAAUCUACAACUGAAGAAACAUCUCCAGAGACAGCAAUGGGAACUGAAGAGGCUUCUGCAGGGCAAAGGAGCAGGAUAGAAGGUGAUAAUCAUUUGCCAUGUUGUGCACCGUCAAUAUCUCAGCUGCCAACUUUGAGACAAGACACUAACCGCUACCCAACGAUCGAUGAGCCUCUACCGCCUAAUCUCAGCCACACCGACGAUGCAGACAUGAACUGUACGUUAAGCAGCACAGCUAUGACCGACCAGAUUGAGGUUGCUGAGAGCGCUCGCAGUGCAGAUUGGGAAGCACGGAUCGAUAGCCACGGGAGAGUCUUUUACGUGGAUCACGUAAACCGGACAACGACUUGGCAACGACCCACAACGGCUGCCACGCUUGACGGUCUGCGGCGGUCAAGCUCCAUCCAACAAAUGGAACAACUUAACCGACGGUAUCAGAACAUCCAGCGGACAAUUGCAACAAACAGGUCAGAAGAUGAGGCGAGUGCAACAGAUGCUAUUCAGCCGAAUCCAGAACUGCGGCGAGAUGGCUCCAUGUCCCCAGUGAAUUCGCAGAAAAUCAACAUGUUAUUGCAGUCUCCCACUGUUAAGUUUAUCACAAACCCAGAGUUCUUCACUGUGCUCCACUCAAACAAUAGUGCCUAUCGAAUGUUUACCAAUAGUACUUGCUUGAAACAUAUGACACUCAAGAUCCGUAGGGAUGCUCGGAACUUUGAACGGUAUCAGCACAACAGGGACUUGGUGAAUUUCAUGAACAUGUUUGCAGAUACGCAAUUGGAGCUGCCUCGAGGUUGGGAGAUAAAGACAGAUCCUCAGGGCAAGUCCUUUUUUGUGGAUCACAACAGUCGAGCCACAACAUUUAUUGAUCCUAGGCUUCCACUUCAGAACGGUCGUCUGCCAAACCACCUAACACACAGGCAACACCUCCAGCGGCUACGCAGUUACAGUGCAGGGGAGGCUUCUGAUGUCUCACGUGUGCGGGGAUCCUCAAUGCUGGCUCGGCCCUCGAACACACUGGUGGCCGCCAUUCGAAGCCAGUACCAACAUGAUGUAGUGCCAGUGGCGUACAAUGACAAGAUCGUAGCCUUCUUGCGGCAGCCGAACAUAUUUGAAAUGCUUCAAGAGCGACAGACUAGCCUAGGCAGGAAUCACACGCUCAGGGAGAAGAUCCAUUAUAUUCGUACAGAAGGAACUCUUGGUCUGGAAAAGUUGUCCUGUGAUGCAGACUUAGUUAUUUUGUUGAGCCUCUUUGAAGAUGAGAUUAUGUCCCACGUUCCACCGCCUGCUUCAUUUCACCCUGGCUACAGCUACUCUCCCCGCUGUUCGCCCGGCUCCUCACCUCAGAACUCCCCAGGUAUGCAGCGUGCCAGUGCGAGGGCUCCCGCACCGUACCGGAGAGACUUCGAAGCAAAACUGAGAAACUUCUACAGGAAACUUGAGGCCAAAGGGUAUGGGCAAGGUCCAGGAAAAAUCAAGUUAAUUAUACGCCGGGACCACUUGCUGGAAGGCACCUUCAACCAGGUGAUGGCCUAUUCACGCAAAGAUCUGCAGCGGAACAAGCUGUAUGUCACAUUUGUAGGAGAAGAAGGCCUGGAUUACAGUGGACCAUCGAGGGAAUUUUUCUUCCUCUUGUCCCAGGAACUCUUCAAUCCCUACUAUGGCCUGUUUGAGUACUCAGCCAACGACACAUAUACUGUGCAGAUCAGCCCGAUGUCAGCAUUUGUAGAAAAUCAUCUGGAAUGGUUUAGGUUCAGUGGCCGCAUCCUGGGUCUUGCUCUGAUUCACCAAUACCUGCUGGAUGCCUUCUUCACCAGACCUUUCUAUAAGGCACUGCUGAGACUGCCAUGUGACCUGAGUGACCUGGAGUACCUGGAUGAGGAGUUUCACCAAAGUUUACAGUGGAUGAAGGACAAUGACAUCACUGAUAUCCUUGACCUCACUUUUACAGUCAACGAGGAGGUGUUUGGGCAGGUCACAGAACGAGAGCUCAAGACAGGCGGUGCCAAUAUUCAAGUAACGGAGAAAAAUAAAAAGGAAUAUAUUGAACGCAUGGUGAAGUGGCGGGUUGAAAGAGGUGUCGUGCAGCAAACUGAAGCCUUGGUUAGAGGGUUCUAUGAGGUGGUGGAUUCAAGACUUGUGUCAGUGUUUGAUGCCAGAGAGCUGGAAUUGGUAAUCGCAGGCACAGCAGAGAUUGACCUGAAUGAUUGGCGCAACAAUACUGAGUACCGCAGUGGAUACCACGAUGGCCACAUUGUAAUAAGGUGGUUCUGGGCAGCGGUAGAACACUUCAACAAUGAGCAAAGGCUACGGCUUUUACAGUUUGUGACGGGAACCUCCAGCAUACCUUAUGAAGGCUUUGCUGCCCUGAGAGGGAGCAAUGGACUGAGGCGAUUCUGCAUUGAGAAAUGGGGCAAAGUGACAUCUUUGCCGAGGGCACAUACUUGUUUCAAUCGCUUGGAUCUCCCGCCAUAUCCGUCGUAUUCUAUGCUAUAUGAAAAGCUGCUCACGGCAGUGGAAGAAACCAGCACUUUUGGACUCGAGUGAAAGAGACACUCACUUCUCAUUAGGACUUGUAUUAAAGCAGUGAACAAGAGGCAUCCCUGAUCUUUACUAGAUGAGAAGCACAAAGUGUGCAUGUGCAAAGAGGAUGCCUGAUUAACAAAUAUUAUGGACAGUGUUUCCUGAUCUCUGAACUGACUGAGAAAGGAAGAAAAUUAAUUGAUGUUGAACCGUUGUAACUAUUUCCUGCUUGUUUUGUUUUUUUUAAGUUUGUAAAUAAACAUUCCCCCCUCCCCCCUCCCAAAUGAAUGGAUUAUAGACAAUCUCAUGCAAUUAAAGCCUUUUUUUUCUUGGCAGGGCCACUUAUUGUUAAAGGCAACUAAUGUAACCUCAUUAGCACAUCUUCACAAAUAAUGUGUGAGAGCCAUGAAUUGUAUUCAAAUUCAGCUGCAAAUUCACAGAGAAUCUACCGUGAAUUGGUGGAAUAUUUUAUUGAAUUUCACUGUCGGACAAGUACACAUUAAUUGGCUGUUCUGGCUGUUUUUGAAAGUCACAUGAUACUCAGGCUGCACUUCCUGUACAAUCAUACUGCUGUAUAAGAAUGUCAAUAAAACUAAUUUGUUAUGCCACAAUA